AGCACAACCAUGGGCUUUGUUGGUGUUGUGCUUUUCUUAGUGCUGAUGCACUGCAGUUUGCUGACAUCUACAAAAUUUGCAGUUGUAAACUACACCACUGAGUUGAAUCAAUACACCCAAAUGACAUGCGUGAAUUCUGACCUUCAUCUACGUUGCGGUACUGGUGUGAUCUCUGUAAGAUCAGCAACAUUUGGUCGCCGAAGCACUGACACUUGUGGACCUGCGAGGCCACAAAAUUUCAUGCUUACUCUUCAGUGUUCAAGGGAUACUCCCCCAGUCGGUAAAUGGUGUAAUGGACUGUCAGACUGUGUAGUAAGCAAGGACAUACUUGCAAGUGAUCCAUGUAUUCAUGCCUUUAAGUACUACAUCACCACCUACACUUGCAUCCCAGCAAAGAUUAGUGUGACUUGUGAAGGUGGCCAAAGUACAUUGACGUGUGGUGGGCGUACCAAGAUUAAGAUAAUUGCUGCAAACUAUGGACGUACAGAUGAAACCACUUGCCCUACAAGACAUAGACACCAAAACAAUGACUGCCGUUCACCGAACUCACUGGCUAUAGUGUCAGACAGAUGUGAAGGGAGAAAUAAGUGCACCAUAUCAGCUUCCAAUGAUGUCUUCUCCGAUCCAUGUGUAAAAACCCGCAAGUACCUGUGGAUUGUCUACUACUGUGUGUAA